CACGUCCACAGCAUCCUGCUGAUGCAGAAGGGCUCCCACUGACGCUACCUGGAGCGAACCCACACAAAUAUGACGAUGUGAUUCAAUAACACCAGCUCUUGCUUUUUUCCUGCCACUGACCGGGACGGUGGGAUUUCCGAUUCCACGCGUGCCGUAAACGCACCACCGUGCAGUAAAAGGUAGACGCGGUUAAAUAAAAAAUAAAAAAGGUGUUCAGACUCGGAAGAAAGAAGCUUCUUUUCUCCCUCAAGAGCUCGCUGGCUGGCGGCUGAGCUUCAGCACUCGGGUCGUGGAAGCAGAAAAGCACAGAAGAAGAGAGUCAACGAUGAGCGGCAAUCGAAGCGCUCUGUUGUUGACGUCCUCGUACGACGGGCAGGCCUACUUGCUGCCCCACGUGCACGAGUACAAAUGCGGCGGCGUGUCCGUCCAGCCCACCGUCGCCAUUUUGGGGUCGGGGGAUUUCUCCAAGGGUUUGACUCUCCGUCUGCUGCGCUGCGGCUUCCAUGUGGUGGUCGGCAGUCGGCAUCCCCACCAAGCGGCCCGCGUCUUCCCUCACGUGGUGGACGUGACGCACCACGAGGACGCGGUCGGGAAGGCCAGCGUGGUCUUCUUGGCCAUCCGCCGAGAACACUACGCCGUUUUGUUGGACCUCAAGCAUUUACUGGAAGGAAAGAUAUUGGUGGACGUGAGUAACAACCGGCGGGUGAACCAGUACCCAGAGUCCAAUGCCGAGUACCUGUCGUCGUUGCUGCCACACUCCAUCGUGGUGAAAGCCUUCAACGUCAUCUCAUCCUGGGCCAUGUUGCAGACCACACCCAAGGACGCCAGCACACAGGUGUUUGUGUGCAGCGACUCGGCGGAGGCUCGUCAUCAGAUCAUGGAGUUAGCUCGCCGGCUGACCUUCCAGCCGGUAGACAUGGGACUUCUGUCCUCCUCCCAGGCCAUCGAGAACAUGCCGCUCCGCUUGUUCCCGGGCUGGAAGGGCCCCGUCCUCGCCGCCGUCACCCUCUCCAUCUUCUUCUUCGCCUACUCCUUCGUCCGAGACGUCGUCCACCCGUACCUCAAGCACAAGCAGAGCCACUUCUACAAGAUCCCCAUCGAGACGGUCAACAGGACGCUGCCCACCGUGGCCAUAACUCUCCUGGCGCUGGUCUACCUGGCGGGCCAGGUGGCGGCGGCCCACCAGCUCUACUACGGAACCAAGUACCGGCAUCUGCCUGGCUGGCUGCAGGGCUGGCUGCAGUGUCGCAAACAGUUAGGCCUGCUCAGCUUUUUCUUCGCCUCGGUCCACGUUCUCUACAGUCUCUGUUUGCCCAUGAGAAGGUCUGAGAGGUACCUGCUGCUCAACACGGCUGUCCAACAGGUCCAUUCCAAUGUGGAGGAUUCCUGGAAUGAGGAGGAGGUGUGGAGAGUGGAGAUGUACGUCUCCUUUGGGGUCAUGGGUCUGGGACUCAUGUCCCUGCUGGCCGUCACUUCCAUUCCUUCUGUGCAGCAAACACUCAACUGGAGGGAGUUUGGCUUCAUUCAGUCCACUCUGGGUUACAUCGCUCUGCUGAUCGCCACAUUCCACGGCUUCCUCUUCGGCUGGAAGCGAGCCUUCGAAGAGGACGCGUACCGCUUCUACAUGCCCCCGAGCUUCGUGGUGGCACUGGCACUGCCGUCGUGUGUCAUCGGGGGCAAGCUCGUCAUGCUGCUUCCGUGUGUGGCCCACAAGCUCCACCGCAUCCGCCGCGGUCUUGAUCCCAGUCAGCAUCAGAGCAAAAACCUCCAGCCCGUCGGCUCAGCUGUCAACAUUUCACCGGAGCGAGUCACCAUUAUGUAACCUGCGGCGCAGUGACGCCACGCCAUCGUCAGUCGUCACGCUUCAAUACGUACGCGUGUUUGUUCAUUAUUAUGUUUUGUUUUUCAACAUAAAACUGCUUAAAAAUCAUAUAAAUAUGAAGUAUAUAUCAGGGGUCUUAAACAGGGGGUCCGCAAUAAUAUAUAGUCUAAUAUAUUUUUUUAUGUUCCCCACAAUUUUUCCACAAAAUAAGUCUUUAAUGUCCACAUUGAUCCAACACCUGUUGUGAAGUUGUUGUUUGUUUAAAUGUUAUGUGGUAUAGUUUAUAAAUCAUUAUUUUUAUGUUGUGAAGUUUAUAAAUCAUUAUUAUUUUCAUGUUGUGUUCUUUAUAAAUGGCAGUCACAUGUACCUUGCAGCAUUCAAAUAAAAAC